AUUCAUUCUCAUUUGUAGCAGGCGUGGAAUGAACUAUUUUAUAUAUCACACUACCAGCUAUUUAGUCCACAAGUUGACAUUUUAUCGUUUUUUUUUUUGUAUUAUAUAGGUUCUCUUACGUAAUAACCCUAACGGUAAUUGAAGUAGUGUUUUACGACAGAGCAGCGCAUUAAAAUUGUGAGAAUGUGUUAUGUGUUAAUAUCAAAAGCGAGAGUUAUCCCAUUAACAUAUCCAAUCAUUUUAAAUCAUUUUAAAUUAUUCUUUUAUAUAUAAUGAGCACACUACAUGAAUAUUUCCUGAAAAUCUAUACUAUUGUUAAUAGAAAUCAAAUUUAAAGUUUGAAUUUUUAGAACCGAGCCAAAAACGCUAUUCCUGUGAUGGCGCCGGCAGAGGACGUCUGUGACGUCACACGCCAGUAAACACGAUCACGAGCUGUCAGCCGAAGUGAAUUUCAUUAUUGUGCUUGAUUUUGCUAUAAAAUCAUAGACAAAAUGGUCUAUAAAUGGUGUGUAGUGCCAAAAUGUACGAAUACGUGUAUAAAUAGUCCACAAACAUUGUUUGUUUCUGUUCCAACUGAUUGUAAAAGACGAAAAAAUUGGUUACUAUUAGCUCGGAGAGACCCAAAGGGCAUUUCAUCGACUUCAAAUGUAUUUAUGUGUGAACAUCACUUCGAUGUAAGUAUAAAUUGAAUAUGUUAUCUACUAGGUAGCUUAAAUUACCGCUUUUUUUAAGAUUGAAAUAAUAUAUAACUAUCUAUAACCUCAAAUCUAUCUUUGGUUAUGUUGAGGAUAAGUCAGUGUUGAGGAUCAAAGAUCCUGUUUAUUAACCCUAAACUUAUUACUCUGUAGGGUUUCAAAGUGUUUUCUGUUGUUUUGAUUAUAUUAUAUAUCUCAAUAAUUUUCUAUGCUGUGUCAUUUUACCUACUUUGCUUAUUAGAUAGUGACAGUUAUGUUGAAUUGCAGAUGGAAAAAGACACCAUUAACUACAUGCAGUACAAAAUGGGUUUCAGCAAGAAGAUACUUUUGACAGAAGAUGCUGUGCCAACAAAAUUUCAUUGUCAAGAAGAUCGUAAAAGACCACUGUCUGAUGCUGGACUUUCUCGAGGAGCAUAUGUCAAGAGGAAAAGAAUGGAUUUGGUCAACACAUGUUUGCAAAGUCAAAAUGCUACUGAAGCCCAAGCUGAAAGCUUACAAAAAGAUGAGAGUUUGAUACAAGACAUUAUUGAACCUCAAGGUUUAUCAAGAACUCAAGACAGAGAAACUAUUACCAACUCUAUCAUAACUGCAGAAAAAUCUGUGCAAGUAACAAUAAAAGAGAAUGUGCAUCAUAGGAGCAAAUCUGUGCAAACAAGAUGCCAGACUACAAGUAUUUCUACCUCACCAAUGAAAGUUUCUACAACAUCUCGUUCCACUUCGCCCUUUAAGAUUAAACCAUGCAGUCUUCGACCAUCACAGUCUGAAAUUGUCAAAGCAGUCAAGAGAAAUGUUUUUCUUGAAGAUGAAAAGUCAGAUAGUGAUAUUUCCUGUAUUGAAAGUGGUCGUCAUUUAUUACCUUUUGUAACUAAAUCAGCAUCAUCAUCAUCAGGGUUUACCGACUCUGAUAGUAAUGUUACAGAUGCCAAUGAGAAUAUUGAAAAAUUAGAGUGCCUCAAAAUUACUAUGCGUUCAAUCUCUAAAAAACCAAUGAUGUAUGUUGGUAUUCCAAAAGAAUGUUAUUUCUUAAUCAAAUUGUUACAUAAACACAAGCAUAAAAGUAUAACACAUUUUGCUAUGCUUGAAAAAGAUUAGAAUGAACAUUACAUUUUCUGAACUGGAGGAUAAUUUUGGAAUAUCAUUAUCUUAUGCUAGUAAAUUGUUUCU